CCCAGAGGAAAUGGCAGUGUAAAUAAAAUGUUGCCAUCUAUCAUUGAGGAUGAGGAAGAUGAUGAAGAACAUGGGUCCAUGCAAAUGUCUCACAUAUCUACCAGGAAAACAGUACUGCUUCAGUACAGCAAUAAUGGAAACAAUGGAAGUUCCCCUGGGGAAAACACAAAAUCAUUUCAUUCAGGCCCUGUGUCAGCAAAGUCACCAGUCAAAGUUGUCAGUUCUAAUCCUUCAAGGAACAGGCAUAAUAAUGAACACCACUGCGACAACAGAAAAAGAGACAAAAACCUUAAAUUGCACCUUACAACAGAGGAUUGCACUGACUCACCUAACCUCAGCCCAAGAAUCGUGGAUGGAAUUGAAGAUGGAAGUAACAAUGAGGAAAACCAGACCUUUGAUUUUGAUUCUGAGCAAAUAAGAAGGGAGUGCAGGACGUCCCAUGCAAACACUGGUUCAGAAAUCAACCCAAUACUUUUAGCCACUAAAGUAGAAGAAACCAAACAGCAAAUCAGCAGACUCAAUCUGGAGGUUAGUUCACUGGGGCAAGAAUUAUCACAGUUAGGUAAAGAUAUGCGGAAUGUGACACACCUUUUGGAGACAUUACUGUCUGCUCAAAAGCUCCCAGCUUACUGCCCUGUUCAUGGAACAGCUGUAAUCUCUGCAAUGGAAGAUCUACAAAAUAGAAUGACAUGGACAACGCAUCAACCAUGUAUGCAUAUUCAAGCUGGGGUUCCUGUUUGCACAAAAGCACAACUGUGUCAGAGUGCAUCCAUCCCCAAUAUUUGGGAAACUGAUCCAGACCAUAUGGGGAACUGCAGUCAAAGAAUGGGAACAAAAGUGCAAACAGAAAAUAAUCAUCACUGCUUAGCGGGUGUAUGUCCACCUCCUCAUUAUCAGAUUGUUCCACAUGGAGGUCAUUUACAACUUUCAAGAUGUACUUCCCCACAUCGAGAUUCAACCUCCAUAACUCCUUUGCAGUCUAUUUCUUCAACUCUGCCUCCGUUGACAUGUUCCUCUUCAGAGACAUCAUUUCAGCUUUUGAUGCCUGGCACUGCUGAAGUAAAUGGUAGCUGUAGCCACAACACCUCCACUUCACAAAGCCUGGACAAUUUGCCAACUUCCUUGGACAUUGAAGGUGCAAUGGACAUUUCUCAACAAACUCUGUCAAGCUCUCCAACAGAAAUUGUAGCAGGAACAGCUCAUUUCACAGAUGAGAAAGCCAUAAAUGUAUAAUGAUGGUGAAAAUACAUAAUGGUUCUCCAAGCAUGUUCUGCAGUUGCAAGUUAACUUAUAAUAUUACUGCAUGACUGCAUAGUUCUGCCUUUAUUCUGAAAAUUGCAGGGAUUAAAGGGAAUUUCCAUAUAUCUAGUCUGCAUUGAUACUGCAAAUCAGAUCCUACAGCUGUUCUUCUUGUACUUUCAAAUAUGGCAGUCUCAUAACAGCUGCAUAGCCUUUCUCAUUUCCUUCAAUGUGAUGUUUAAGCUUUUGUUUUUAGUAAUAACAUGACUAUACAUUACUGAAUACUUAAAUUAGUAGCCAGAGGUCCCUGCAUUAAUAUAAAACUAAGCAUGUGCUACUUGUUGUAAGCUCACAGACAACUAAAGAGUAAAAAAUCUCUUAAAUCUGACCAUCGGUCACCAUGCAUAAAUACCUGUUUGAUUAGCUAAAAAGUUUCUCUGAAUGUUUCUAAGACAAAAAAAUAUGCCAAAAAAACUCACAGUAAUUCAUGAUUUAGUUUAUUUCAUCAAACAGAAACCUAACUAUAAUGUCACAUGAUGGAUGAAAUUCAGCUAUAUGGAAGUUCCCUUAUAACAGGAAAUUUAGGUUUAAUGAAAGCAAACAGUGAUAACAAUUUAACUACUUUGUCCACAGAAAGCAAUUUCUAGAAGCAUGUAAAAUGGAUUAGACUGUAGUUAAUGGUUAUGUAACCAUAUUUUCUGUAUACCAGUAGCUUACCAUUUUGUCCGACAAAUGUAUGGAGUGGCCUAAAGGCCAUACGUUUCACAGCAGCUGAGUUCUGAAGUCAGAAGAAUAGAUGAUCACUUUCUGUGUAAUGUUUAUUGCUGCCUGGAGCAGCAAUGCUUUUCAGACUUUGUGAUGUGUGUGAUCCCUGAAGGUUAUCAGUGGUUCUGCUUUCUACAGGCCAUCCUGUCUCCUGCUGGUCUCUCUUGUGUCGGUUCUUCCAAGGUAAAGGUACAAUUGUUGCUGCAUGCCGUCUCUUAGACAAUCAACCAAAUAGACCUGGUAGUCAAGGGUUAGUUGUUGCACGUUGUUACCAUGUAAAUGAAACUUUCAGAUUUAUUUAUCAAAAAAGAUUGCUAUUUUUAUAUAUUGGUAUGAAAUCUGUAUUUAAAAGUAUUUAUACUGGAAAUAACAGUUUGGUUCUUUUUUGGUAAGAGCUUGCAAUUUUAACAUGAACAAAAUGCACUGAUACUGAAAUGUAUUUUAGAUUCUGAACAGCUUGCCUAGAUGCUGUUGUUUGAAAUGACUCCCUUGUGCAUGCUUUUUAAAAUGAAUGUAUCCACACAAUCUAAACUCUAAUACUAAGAAGCAAA